GCGUUGCCUUUGUUCACUCACUAACACAACAGAACCCAACUCACUCUUCAAUCUCUCCAACUCACGUAAACUGCCUCCGAAUCCCAUCGAUGGAAAACUCGGACGAAAGAAACGAAUCACUUCCUUUCUCUCCAAACCCUAACAAUGCCGACGACAAUGAAAUCGACGAACAAGAAGACGAAGAGGAAGAGGAAGAAGAUGACGGUCACGACGACGUCGUUUCACACGAGCCGUACAAUCGGAACGACCGAUCAUCAUUGUCCAGUUUGCGCGAGCAGCGUUUAAAGCUGGAAGCCCUCUCCCGGCGAUUGGCUUCGGAGCUGGUCCCUAUCCGCGUCCACGAUGUGCUGAUUCGAGGCAACACCAAGACCAAGGAUUGGGUGAUUGAGGCGGAGCUCAAGCUUCUCCAGGACGCCGCCACCGUGCAGGAGCUCAUUCGCGCCUCCGAAACCGCCCUCGCCAGGCUCCGCAGCCUCGAGAUUUUCGAGUCCACCGAGCUCACGCUCCAGGCUGGGCCGCCGGAGCUGCCUCACACCGCCAAUGUCAUCGUCGACGUUGUCGAGACCGCCAACAAAGUUUCCGGCGAAUUUGGCGUUUACACCAAACCCUCGACAAGUUCGUGGACUGCUGAAGGUGGUCUUAAGUACAAAAACUUGUUAGGUUAUGGCGAUCUAUGGGAUGCCUCUUUGGCCUACGGUGGCAACCAAGCAACAGAGGUGAGUGUAGGAGUGUUUGCUCCAAGACUGAAAGGGUUGUUAACUCCUCUUGUAGCACGACUUUCCAUGCUUUCCCAAGAUUGGCAAGAGUUUUCUUCAUACAAAGAGCAGCUGUUAGGAUUGUCUCUUGGCUUAAUCUCAACCAGGCACCAUGACUUAGUCUACACUCUUGGAUGGCGUACCUUGACUGAUCCAUCUCAAAUGUCAUCCAGGUGUAUAAGGAGGCAGCUUGGGCAUGGUUUAUUAUCAUCUUUGAAGUAUACAUUUAAAAUUGACAGGAGAAACUCGCCAAUUAGGCCUACAAGUGGAUAUGCUUUUCUUUCCACUACUCACUUUGGUGGCCUUACACCAGAUCAUCGGAGCUUGAGAUUCCUGCGCCAGGAAUUUGAUGUUCGCUGUGCCAUCCCCCUUCCGUUUUAUAACACAGCUCUUAACCUUGGGAUUUCAGCUGGUGCCAUUUUUCCAUGGGGGCAUGACUUCAUGAACAAGCCAUCUCCUCUUCCUGAAAGGUUUUAUUUGGGUGGUGAUUUCUCUCCAGUUUGCACUCUGGGAGGGCCAAUAACAUUGUGGGGAUUUAAAACUAGGGGACUAGGUCCUACUGAACCACGAAGGAGAAUUAGAAACGAAAUUAUUGAUGACAAUGACGAUUCCUCUAAACGGGACUUCAUUGGAGGAGAUGUUGCUGUUACGGCAUUUGCAGACCUUUCUUUUGAUCUCCCAAUUAGGUGGUUGAGAAAUCAUGGAAUCCAUGGUCAUCUUUUUGCUGGUGCUGGGAAUACGGCAAAAUUGACUCAGAAUGAAUAUAGGCGAUUUUCACCUCGGAGGUUCUUAGAAUCAUUCCGAACAUCUGUUGGAUGUGGUUUUGUUGUUCCUACUAAACUUUUUCGCCUAGAGGUUAGUUAAUGUUUCAGUUACUCC